UCCGAAGGGAGUCGGUUUCCUGCCGCUGCCGCCGCCCGCACUCGGCGCUGGCUCCCGGGGAGCGGCCGCAGGCGGAUAUGGGCCCCCGCUCCGUCCCGCUCCUGCCGCUGCUCCUGGCUCUGCUCGGCCGCCCGGACCCCGGGAGAGCCAAGGGCUGUGACCUGAAGCCGGUGACAGAGAAGCCACCCAUCACCCUCUCGUACGCCACCAGCACGGUGCCACGGGGCUGUGUCAGCAACAGCUCCCUGGACACCGACCAUGAAGUCCAUGUCCUCAGCAUCAAGUGGUCCGAGGCCCCUCCUGUCCAUCUGACGGUGAUGGUCACUCCUCAAGCCGAUGCCUGCAGCCGGUCAGCGGUGCUCGUCCUCCUCUGCGCCCGCUGCUCUGCCACCGUCAUCUCCCCGUGCUCCAACCUCAUCAUCCGCACCGACGCCCAGCUCAGCCCGGAGACCAUCGGAGCACCAAACCCUGAGCCACCCGUGGUGUCCAGYGAGGGGCAGCUGCUGGCCUGGGCUCUGUCUACUUACGGGGGCAUCACAUCCUACAGCGAGCUGCGGGACCCCCACAGGGUCCAGCUCCGCCUGGGAGAAGAUGCCCGCAGCCCCCCGGAAUGCACCCCCCAGGAACACUUCAACGCCGUUCUGCACCUUGAGGCUGAGGUCUUCUUCCACGGGGUGAAGGGCUGCUCACGCAGUGACUCCCAGAGCACCAGGGCUGCUCACAUCGUCCACGUGCAGUCGGAGCCCAGUACCCCCAUCACAGAGGUGAACSUGUCUUUGAGCUGUCCGGAGAAUUCUGCGGACAAGCAGAUCCUCAUCCUGCAGAGCAAGACCAACUUCACCUGGCUCCUCUCCUCCAAGUGCGGCAUCCAGUUACUGGUCUCUGGCAGUUACAAGCUGUCCUUAUUCCCGGAUCUGAUCUCUGGGUCACCUCUGCCUGACACUGAGCAGGACCUCAUCGCUAAAGCCUUCGAGAAGAACUACAGCGUCAUCGCCUCCUACUCCGCCAUCCCUGCCAGCACCCGCAUCAGCCUGGAGAUCCAYAGGCAUGAGACGGUCAAGACAGCUGYGCCCACCACCCCCCUUGUCAUCACACAGCCCCCAGACCUGCCCCACCAGGUGCUGCUCAUGCUUAAGCCCUGGAAGUGCACAGAUGAAACCAUGGAGAUUGUCAUCAUCAGGUCCUACUUGGAGCCCAUCAAGGACGUGGUGAACAUCACCCUGAGGGACAUCAGCUGCCAGGCAGAGAAAAAUGCCACCCACUUCAUGUUGAGAAGUCCCCUCAGCCACUGCGGCACCUCACUGGAGGGGAGGGGCUAUGCCAACAAUGAGCUCAUCCUCAGCCUGGCCAAGGACGCAGUGUUCCGGAGUGUGCGGGUUGGCUUCCAGUGUGAGAUCCCACGGGAACUCUUCCUGCGCCUUUUCCCCACCGCUGCCUUUGAGGCACCGCAGACAGAGCUGGAGAUCAACAAGGAGGCCUUUGUGCAGGCAUCCAUGCGAUGGAUGGACCACCCUGCCGACCUGCAGCUGAAGGAGUGCUGGCUGGAGGCGCCGGAGCGGGAGCCGAUGCUGCUGGUGCAGGGCGGGCAGGCRCGGGGCGCGGGGGUGGCGGUGCUGGAGGGCCCCCCCAGCAGCCAUGGCAGGAAGGUCUGGCGAUUCCGCUUCACCUACAGCGUUCCUGAGGGYGGGCGCAUCCCCUUCUCUGCCACCCUCAAGUGCAAGGCUGGCUUGCAGAACGACACGAUCUUUGAGAAGGUGCUGGAGGUGACGGUGAAGGACGCCGGGCGGCCGCUCAACUACCGUGGGCUGGGGCUGGCUGCCGUCCUGGGCAUCACCUUUGGCGCUUUCCUCAUCGGGGCACUCCUCACUGGCGGGCUCUGGUACAUCUAUUCGCACACCCCCGGUUUCCAGCACGGCGCCGGCCUCGGAGAGCAGCAGCACCAACCACAGCAUCGGCAGCACCCAGAGCACCCCCUGCUCCACCAGCAGCAUGGCCUGACGCCCCCGGGACCCCCCGAGCCCGCGCAGACCCCGCCCAACGGACUUGGGGACCCUCCCCAGUGUCAUUAAGCUGAUUUUUUGCCCCAAAUCUCAGGCCGAGCCCAGAGGGGGCCUCCAUUACUCAUUCAGUGAAUGCUUUGGCCCCCCGAGGGCAGCCCACGCCGGGGGGGGGGCACCCUGCAACCCCUCUGGGGUCCCCCGCUGCUGUGGGGAGGCAGAAAGAGCAGCUACUGCCAUAGCCUCCCACAAGGCUCCCCAUCAAAUGGGGGGGGAAGAAGUGGGUGCCCCCUGGACAGGCCCCAGCACUUGGGGUGACCCCCGUGCCCCUCCUGCAUCCCCCCAAGAAGGCAGCAGGCACCAGUGGGAGCAGCAAGAGGUUUAUUUGCAGGGGGGGGUGCGAGGCUGCUGCCCUCCUACAGGGCGAUGGGCAGAACCCACCACCCCCCCCAGCUCCCCGUCCAAGUUACAAACUCKUAUCAAUAAUAAUAAAAAUCUUCUCUAUGUUAAA